CUCUGUGACGGAGCGGAGAACUUUGGGCGGUUUUCCUGGCGGAUUUGGCGGUUACUGUGUGCACAGCUGGGGAAGCUCCAGUCUGAUGUGAGCUUGUUAAACUGAUCAAGAAAAGAGUGGAUAAAGGUAUUAGUGUAUGGAAUGGCGCUGUAAACUCUGCGCAUUUGGAACAUCAUCAAACACGGGACUUCUUAAGCAUUAUCGGCUUAAACAUAGACAUUUUGGUCAUGAACAUUUUCUUCCCUGCAUUUAUUUGAACUGUUCAUGUUCUUUUAAAACAUGGGGUGGCUUGCGUACACACCUAUGCAGAGCUCAUAAAUCAGAGCAAUCUGAAAAUAAAGGAGCUGUGACAGUUUUCAAAUGUAAAAUUUGUAACACAUGCUUUCCCAACACAAAAGAUUACUUCCAACACAUUAAUUCUCAUCUCAAAAGACUGGAAACCAUUGUUUGUGUGUUUGAUGGUUGUGAUUUCAAGACAAACAUAUAUGCUACUUAUGCUACUCACAAAAGUCGAAAGCACCAGUUUUACUCAUGUGAUGAUUUUAAAGCUGAUGUGAUUGUAAAACAUCCUACUGCUACCAGUUUUCAACAUAUUCAAAGCCAUUCUUCAUCACUGGAAUCAAAUGAUGAUGUUGAGUUUGAUACUGUAGAUUUGGAUUGUGAGGGCAAUGUAAGUGCAUUUUUGGAAGUAAUUGGUUCUCUCUUGCUGAAGUUGGAAAGUAUUUAUAAUGUCACUGGUAAAUGUUUAGAUGACUUGGUGGAACAGCUCCAGUUUAUUUGCACAUUAUCAUCUCAACACAUUCCAAAUUUGGUGAGAAGUAUUUUGACACAGAAUAACUGCACUGUUGAUGAAAAUGUGAUCUGUGAGUUAGUUGAAAAGUUACAUAAGACUGUGAAGGACACUUUCCAGAUUCAUGAGGAAUUCAUACUUCAUUACUUCGACGAAGACUUUGGGGAUUUCUUCACAAUUCAUUCAACUAGUGAUGUCAAACACAAAGGGUCAAUCAAGGUGGUCAUUAUUCCAUCUGUAGUGCUAACAUUAGCAAUACCAGAGACUGACAGUGUGACAGAUGCAGAUAAUGUGAGGGACACCCCUAGUGUGACUUCACAAAUGUCUUCAGAGCCAUCUACUUCUGAAGACUCCCGGCCAGAUGGAACAUCAUCAGCGUCAUCACAAGACACCAUCUUAUUAAGCCCACAAAAGGAAUUGUGGCCUAAAGAAAUCAAAAUCCCACUUUUUACAGUUGCAACAGAAGCUGUGCUGAGAAGUGCGAAUGAACAGUUCUUGAAAGAUGGAACUGUCCUCAACAACACCAGGGUCAGGUCUGAAAUAAUGGAAAAGCUGGCAGAUUACAUGUACAGUUACACUGCCUAUCCCACUGGCCUUCAGGUUGGUGAGGUUGCAAAAGCCUUAGUUAAAAAACAUCCAUGUCUAAUAGAACCUGGAAGUCGCAACGGAUGGAUAGGAUGGAUGUACAGUUUGAAAUACAAAAUGGGGAAUUACAGGUCCAAGCUAAGAAAUCUUGGAUUUCCUGAAGUUGCAUGCAAUUCUCUCAACAACAAGCGACCUGGUGAGAGGAAACCAGCCCAAAAUGUUAAAAAAGCAAGAAAAGGGGAAGUGAAGUAUCUCCCACAUUAUCCUUCAGGGGAAAACGGAGAACACCAAGAGCAACAGCGGCUCAAAAUUCUGUCUGAAAUAAAGAAGAGAGAGAGGACGACCAUCAAUCAACUGAUGUCCAAGACAUUUGCUCAUAGAAGACAGGAUGUUGUCACUCUUCAACUCAGCGUCAAAGAAAUCAAGGAUAGGUGGCCUGCCUUGCUUGAUGUGUCACAGGUCAAUGCUGAAUUUCAUCGGAUAACCACUGUAAAUCUUGAGUCAAAAUUCAUGUUCAUGCUGGACCACUACACACCUAAACUGCUUGCCAUGUUCCAAGAAAAGAAAGGUGCUGUUGGAGAGAGACAUCGCACAGAAAGGAACAUUUUACUCCAGAGUGGAACUACUGAAAAAACCAGAGAAGUUGUCAUCCGAUGUCUCAUUGAUCACCUGGGUGAAGAUGUAGGUGCCUUAAUCAAGGAGUUUGAAAAUUUUGAAGAUACAAACCAUCGAGCCAUCAAUGUGGAAGAAGAGCUGGCAGCAGAGACAAUGGCUGUGUUCCUUGUGCGUGAUGAAAGUGGACAAGUCGGGAAUGUGGGAAUUGUCAUUGAGGGCUCCAUUGUACUCGACCACCUCGGGGAUCUCAGCAGGGGCUGCUGCUACUUGCUUGGACUAACUUAUGCAUUGGACCUGAAAUACCCCAAAACUCUAAAAUACAUAUUUGAGGUAUUUCAAAAGAUACUUCUUGAAGUGGAUCCUGGAAAGCUGCCAAGAAAGGUCCUAAGACUGAAAAACAAUUUAAUGACUUAGUUGACUCUUAUCUGCACUUAUGAGCACUUAUCUGCACUUAUGAGCACUUAUGAGCACUUAUGUGCACUCUCACCCUGUCAUCAGUGAGGCUCUUCUGCAAGUAACCACAAUCUAUGGUUUCAUUUGUGCCAGUUCAUCCCAAACUGUUUGACUGAUUGUGUGACCUCAUGUUGUUCUGGCUGCACAUUUAUAUUUUGCAUUGAUAUGCAUUUUGUUCUUUGUUUGAUCACUCCAGUGAGGUAUGAUGCAUCCCGUUUUGAACUUUUAAGACAGUUCACACAGUUACUUAACUGUUCAACUUUCCAAGGACAAAGUUUUCAUUGUAAUAUGUCAUUGUUAGAAAUUCCAGUGUUUUGAUUGGACAUUGUUCUCUAAUAACUACGUUAAAGAUGCAGUAGGCAGCUUUUUAAAGAAAUCACAAUGUCGUGACCGUAUAAUAUGAGACAGAUAAUCUGUGGAAAGAACUGAGGGUAAUUGCCAGUGCUAAGACCUUCCUCCUGGCUGUUAUUGGUUGGUGUAUUUCUGCAGAUGGCAGUAGGACCACAGGGAGAAGACAGGAGCUCAGUUGUUUUCACAGAUUAACUGUCUCAUGUUAUACUGUCACAACACAGUGACCGUUUUAUUAAAUAUGUAAAAAACAUAUUAGUUACCUGUUGCAGCUUUAAGCCAUAUAUGCUGUAUAUAUGGGGGGGGCACCUUUUGGUUAUGUGCAAUAUGUACCAGAAAGAUACUGCUGGUAGUUCAAGAUAAGUGACAAAGAAUUGUAAUUGUAAAAUGUAACUAAUUUUUAAAUAAAAGUUUUCAUGCUCUGUGAGA